UGCACGAUUAGACGGGGGAAAACACGUCAACAGGCAUGAUCAAGCAUAAUGCAACCAGGGCCGCGGUGGUGAAAGCGACAGAGCAGCGUAUUUGACCGAUAAAAUUAAUCAAGUCAACAUCAAUGUCUGCCAUAUCCGUAUUUACGAACACCCCCACAGCUCCACCAAAACAGGAGACUAAGAUCUUGGCUGAUUUCAGGAGAGACACUCAGCCAGAGAAGGUGAAUCUUGCAGGACGUGAGUAUCUUAAUGAAGAUGGCCAGACCACAGUGCCUCCCCUCAUAUGGAAAAUAAAGCAACAAAUUGGAUCAGACCCAACUCUCACCCCUGGGUAUCCCCCGCCUCUUGGUCUCUCCGAACUGACCAAGAGAGUGAUGGAGCUCACACUGGGAAAAGACAGUCCUGCCAUCGUGGAAAACAGGGUGCUGGGGGAGCAGGCGGUGGGCUGCACGGGAGCGGUGAGGCUGGGCGCAGAGCUGCUGAGGCGCUGGUGCAACAACAGCGCAUCCUGGAGUGGACCCAUCCUGCUGCCCUCGCCCUGUGAUGACUCACUAGCCGAGACCUUUGAGGCAGCUGGGUUUGGGAACGUGAGCUACUAUCGCUACUGGGACGCGAAAACUUUGGGAGUGUGUGCGGAGAACGUGUUGAAGGAUCUGGAGGAGGCCCCUGAACAGAGUGUGGUUGUCUUGUCCAUCUCCGGCCACUACCCCACAGGUGCUGACCUGUCUGUAGAUGACUGGAAGCUCGUGGCUGACAUCAUAAUGCAGCGGAGAUUAUUCCCUUUCUUCCUGGUUUCAGAACAAGGCUUUUCUAAGAGCUUUGAGAAGGAUGCUUGGCCUGUUCGUCAUUGUGUAUCUUUGGGUCUGGAGGUUAUGUGUGCACAGUCCUUCUGCCUCACAUUUGGUUUGUAUGGGGAACAGGUUGGACACCUCCUGUGCGUACUGAAGCACAACAACUUCCUGCUGGCCGUCCAGUCGCAGUUGGAGAAGUUAGCCGGAACUCUAUGGUCCUCUCCACCAACAGGUGGUGCCCGUGUGGUGACCACCAUCCUCAGUAACCCUGCACACCUUAUCGAAUGGCAGGAGGGUGUGAGGGGUCAGGUGGAGAGGUGCAUGCUGGUCAGGGAGCAGCUCAGGGAGAAACUGAGGCUGCUGGGAUGUCCAGGGCAGUGGGACCACCUGACCAAACAAACCGGACUCUACUGCUGCACUGGCCUGAGUGGUCAACAAGUGGAGUUCCUGGCCAAAAAGAGACAUGUCUACCUUUUGGCCACUGGGUGUCUGAAUAUAAGUGCAAUCAACAGCCGCAAUGUUGAUUAUGUGGCAGAAUCCAUCCAUUUGGCUGUAACCACUCUUUGAUUGGUAAAAAAUAGAUGACAAUGUUCUUUUCAUAUUCUUAAUGACGUACCUUUGCCCAUCCCGACAGUAUGCAACUAAGCCAUGUAUUGUGCAGAAUAGUGACUAACACAGAUGGAUAUUGCA